UCAUAAUCGUAACAGUUCAAGAAAAUACGCGUCUCUCUCUAAAUCAUUAAUAUUUAUCUAACUGUUAGAUUCUAACAAAUAUAUUAAAACAACUACUACUCUAUUGUUAUAAUAUUCUCCACAAAUAUCCAAUUACUUAUAUCACUUGUGUCAGCCGUGUUUCUUCAAACAUUAGUUUCGUUCGUGGAUUGGUUCAUAUUGACGAAGCAUGUCAUCUGACAAGGACCCACUUACCAGCGAGAGAUCUGGAAGAGUAAGAGAAGUUGGUAAUCACGCUAUUUGGAGUCUAUCAUCUUGUAAGCCAGGUUUUGGUAUAGACCAGCUGAGGGAUGACUGUAUGGACACAUAUUGGCAGUCAGAUGGACAACUGCCACACCUAGUCAACAUCCAAUUUCAGAGAAAGACUAUGGUGUCACACAUCUACAUCUACACAGACUACAAACUGGAUGAGAGCUACACUCCCAGCAGGAUAUCCAUCAGGGCCGGAACACACUUCAAUGAUUUACAAGAAAUUGAAGUUAUUGAAUUAAUAGAGCCGAGUGGAUGGGAAAUGAUACCAAUCAAAGACAUGCAUGACAGACCAAUAAGAACAUUUAUGAUCCAGAUAGCAGUGUUGAGCAACCACCAGAACGGGAGGGACACACACAUGAGACAGAUCAAAGUGCAUUCUCCUUGUGAACCCACUUCAUUUGAUAUUAAUAAGUUUAGGAACUUUUCUACAGUCCAAUUCCAGCAGUACACUACUAUCCGAUAAAAAAGGGUCUUCUCUUAUUUUUUGAUUGCGUCUUAUGUCUUGAAAUCGGUACCAAUGGGGUCAGAAACUGUCUAAAGGUUUUUAUAGUUGGUGCCAACAUAGGUUUCCCGGUUCUAGUUAUGUUCUAUAGGCUUAAAAGGCUAGCAUCAGUCAUAAAAUAUAAAAAAAUAAUAAUUUCACACCAUUGAUAGAAUUGACAGGGGAAACCUGGCGCGAUCUGUAAAAAGCUUCGACCGGCCAACAUCAUUUGCUUGACCAUUAAAUCAAAAACUAUAAAAUAAUUAUCAUGUUAUAUUAAAUUAACUGAAUAAAUCUGUA